AUGGAAGCACGUGGAAUUCACUGUCAGGAAUAUGUGUUCUUGAAGGUGUCUUCUAUGCGUGGUGUGAUGCGGUUUGGCAAGAAGGGAAAAUUGGCCCCUCGUUAUGUGGGACCCUUUGAGAUUGUUGACAGAAUUGGGGAGGUGGCAUACAAGCUGGACUUGCCGCCGAAUUUCUCGCACGUGCAUCCGGUAUUCCACAUAUCGAUGUUAAGGAAGUAUAUUUCGGACCCUUCGCAUGUGUUGCAACCUCAAUAUGUGGAAGUAAGCGAAGAUCUGACUUAUGAGGAGCAGCCAGUCAUGAUCGUGGAUACUCAAGUUCGCCAACUGCGCUCUAAGGUUAUUCCAAUGGUUAAGGUGUUGUGGCGGAAUCAUUCGUUUGAAGAAUGUUGUUUCACAGAUCCUAUGCCACCACCACCGCCCCCUCCCUCAGCGCCUUCCUCUCCUCCUCACCCUCCAACCGAUGCAGCCAGUGAGGAUGUGCCUCAAUCAGACUACCAGUAG